AUGGGCAAGAUCCCAAUGUGCGUCGUGACCGACCAAGACCCAGCAAUGAAAAUUGCUAUCGAACAAGUAUUAUCAAAGUGCCGACAUCGCUACUGUAUGUGGCACAUCAUGACUAAGGUUAAUGAAAAGCUAGGGGGUGAGUUAGCUAAGGACACAGAGUUUCGCAAGAAACUAAAUGCUAUUGUCUGGAACGAGGGAAUUCGCAGCAUUGAAUUUGAGGCAGCAUGGAAACUACUAAUGGACGAAUACAAUCUAUCAAACCACCGUUGGUUCUGCAAAAUCUUCGGUGAAAGGGAGAAUUGGAUCCCUGCUUAUUUUUCAGAUCUGCCCAUGUGUGGGCUGUUGCGAACCACAUCGCGGUCAGAAGCAGAAAAUGGUGUAUACGGUAGAUUCGCACGUCCCCAUUCUAGUUUGGUAGAGUUUUACAUGCAAUUUGAGAGCGUGUUGGGAACGCAACGAUAUCGGCAGGAUAAACUGAACGCAAAUUGCGAGGGUCACUUGCCAGAGUUCAAGACGCCACUAGCACUCGAGCGGCAUAUUGCACAGGUGUUCACCAUCACUAUUUUUUACGAGUUACAAAAAGAAAUAGAAGCAGCUUGUUUUUCUUGUUCUGUGGUUGGUGUACGACACGAUGGUGAUAGCACUCAUUACGACAUUGAGGGUGAGCACAACAGUAUUGCAACCGUGAACUACAAGGCAGGCGGGGCUGGUACGUCUUGCAGUUGCAACUUAUUCAGAAGAAUUGGUCUCGUCUGUCGACAUAUGUUUGUGGUUUUCCGGGGUGCAAAGUUGGAACAAUUACCACCCGAAUAUAUUGUGAACCGGUGGUGCAAGCACCUUAACUGUAGCGCGUGUAAGGGGAUCCCAUAUGCAAGUGAUAACCCACCACCCGUAGCAACCCAACUGUGGGCUGAGAUCAACACAUGCGUUGGGUUGGCAGGUAAUAGCAUAGAGCGGCAGGCACGGAUGGUCUCGGUACUAAAGGGUCUUACAGCUGAAUUUGGAAGUGAUGGCCUAACUGUGAGCCCUGUUAAGGGUAACCGUGCUGCAAUACAAGCAUUAUGCGGCGUGGAGCCACCACAAUCCAUAACUAUACAGGCCCCACCCCAAGCAAAGGACAAAGGCACCGGGAAGCGUAUAAAAAGCAGCAGGGAGAUAGCAAUUGAGAAAAAUGCCAAAGUCGGACGAAAGUGCGGGAUUUGUGGUAAAUACGCGCACCAUAACGCACGUAGUUGCCCUUCAAAGUAA